GACUCUGUUAAACGGCUACAUAUUUGAUCACUGUGGCACAAUGUUGACCAGACUGCUGGCGAUUGCCCUUUAUACUGCUGGGACCAUGCUGGUGGCCUUCUCUAGUGCAGCAUUGUCAUACAUGCUUUACCCUGCCCUGUCUCUUCUUGCUGUGGGGGGACUCCUGCUCCUCAUUACUAACAUGCAGGUGGGCAACCUGUUUCCUGCUCAUCGCUCCACCAUCAUUACCUUCUAUAAUGGUGCCUUUGACUCCUCCUCCGCUGUGUUUUUUCUCAUUAAGGUUCUGUAUGAACAGGGCAUCUCUCUCCGCACCUCCCUCGUUUCCCUGUCCGUCUGCAGCGGCGUUCACGUGGCGAGAACUUUCCUGCUGAUGCCAAAAACCCACAUCCCCCACCCUCUGCCUGAAAACUACACCUACGGAAUAAACUGUGGAAAGGGAAACACUGACGGCGUGGAGGAGAUCGAGAUGAAGGACGUUAUUCCGACACUGGAGUCCCCUGAGACGGAGAAAACACCGCUGGCGCCUGAGGCUGAGUCAUUCGGCAGCUGCGUCAAGUCCUGGUUCUUCAUAUUUCACCUGGUGUGGUUGUCCAUAAUGCAGCUGAGACACUACCUCUUCAUCGGGACGCUCAACUCCAUGCUGCACCGGCUGGCAGGCGGUGACACCAGCCUCGUGAGCCAGUACACCAACGCGUUUGCAGUGACUCAGCUGUGUGGCAUCCUGUGUGCCCCCUGGAAUGGACUCAUCAUGGACAGACACAAGAAGAAGCCUCUGGCUCCUGGAGAGACGGCGCAGGAGGCGGACCUGCGCUCCUCCCACCUGUCCCUGUUCCUGACGGCCCUGCAGUGCCUGCUCUUCUCCGUGUGCGCCUCCAUUCCUCAUCUCCCGCUGCAGUACUUCACCUUCAUCCUGCAGGUCAUCAAUCGCUCCUUCCUCUACGGGGGGAACACGGCCUUCAUUAUCCUCGCUUUUCCACCCCGUCACUUUGGGAAGCUGUACGGCCUCGUGAUGGCGGUGUCGGCCGGAGUGUCCGUGCUGCAGUACCCCCUCUUUGCCAUUGUCAGAGGAUAUCUGGGUGGAGAUCCCUUUUAUGUGAACAUAGGUCUGAUUUUCCUCACUCUGCUGUCGUUCAUCCAUCCCGUCCACGUCUUCGUGCACUGCAGGAAACGAAGGCGCUGCGGGGAGGAAAGCGCCGAGGCUCGGGCCAAACUGUAGAGAUGAUCGGACGAGCGUUUGU